UCCAGUAUAAUGGACUCGUCCAAACAAGCUUCCAAGAUUUUCAAGCAGCCAGUCGCCAAUCGGUCAUCGUCGUAGGAGGUUGUCGACAGAAUGUGUCAGAAUUUUUCUUUGAUGAAAUCGAGUGUAGUAUCACUAUUUCCAGUAAAUAACUUAAAAUUCUGUUUAAAGCGUUUAGAAGUGUUUGUGCACAAACUGUUUUCCAAUAUUUCGAUCAUAAAAGAGGCUUCUUUAAGCCAACUGAAUGUGAUUUGAGAUGAAACGUCUUCGAGUGGAUGAGCCCUCAAAAGAUGGAAGUGGGCCGCCAUUGUCGGGAACUUUGUAUCGUCAGUCUGUAACGAAUGCCACACCUGCUUUAGCCUUUCCCAGCGCGGUAAAAGUGUUGAGCGAAGGCAUGCAGUCAGGACUGUAUUCUCCUGCCCCCACUGUAAGUUACGGUGCCAUGCCUGUUGCAGCAGCUCCCCAUUCUGGAAAACCACAAUCAAUGCCAAUUUCGGCCACAAGCCACAACGCUCUACGCACCAGCGGUUCUUCGCCCCCGAGUGCCCCCUCAAUUCAGGAGCCCCCUCAGCAGCAACAAUCCCCGAGCAACUUUCAACGUCUCAAAGUUGAAGACGCAUUAUCCUAUUUGGAUCUUGUAAAAUACAAGUUCGGCUCGAAACCUCAAGUGUAUAAUGAUUUUUUGGACAUUAUGAAAGAGUUCAAGAGCCAAAGCAUCGAUACUCCCGGUGUUAUCCAGCGGGUCUCGAGCUUGUUCAAAGGCUUUCCGGAUCUAAUCGGGGGCUUUAACACCUUUCUCCCGCCAGGUUAUAAAAUAGAAGUUCAACGAAGCGAUCAGGGUGGCUACGCGUUUUCCGUUUCGGUUAGCAUGCCUAGUCCGACCGGCACCAUCUCCGAUCAACAAAAGUCCGCCAUGAUUCUGAGCGGAUCGGGAAGGAUCAACAUGUCAGGUCUUCCGAGCCAGCCCGCUCCUCAACCUCCCCCUCCUCAACCCCUCCCUUUGACUCAGCAUAUACCUUCGGCUCCGCCUCAAGCACCCGCUCCCCCUCCAUCAGUACUUCACCAUUCUUCGUCCAAUUAUGGGAUGACCACGUCUACUAACUAUGGGCUGUCCUUAUCGGCCGCCCAGGCAGCUGUCAAUCAUGCCCUACAAGGGCACACAGAUACCCCGCAGAAUCAGCCUGUGGAGUUUAAUCACGCCAUCAAUUAUGUAAAUAAAAUAAAGAACCGAUUUCAAGGACAACCCGAGAAGUACAAAAGGUUUUUAGAAAUACUGCAUACUUAUCAAAAGGAGCAACGCACAAUGAAAGAAUCAAACGUUGGAUCAAACGUGAAACACUUAACUGAACAAGAAGUAUACAGUCAAGUGGCCAAACUAUUCGAAAAUCAAAGCGAUCUACUUGCCGAAUUUGGUCAAUUCCUUCCGGACGCAACAAGUCAUAUUAAUCAAGCUCCAGUUUCCGAACAUUCGAACUCUGUCAAUAAAAAAUCGUUGAGCAAGCCCUAUCACAGAGACCAUCUGCCGGAUCGUCAUAUUUCGCAUCACAAAUCAAGCCACCAGUCUGGACCAGUGAAACGGUCCCCACCUUACUCUAGCUAUCAUAGAGAUAUACCUCCGCUCAAAAAGCCAAAAAUGUCCGCUUCAUAUAGGGACGUCAGUUUAACUGAAGCUGGCAAAUAUGGUACUCUCAACGAUUAUGCCUUUUUUGAUAAGGUACGUAAGGCUUUAAAAUCUCAAGAAGUCUACAACAACUUUCUGCGCUGCUUAAUAUUAUUUAACCAAGAAAUCAUCUCAAAGAGUGAGCUCUUGCAAAUCGUUACUCCAUUUUUAGGAAAAUUUCCCGAGCUUCUAAAGUGGUUUAGAGAGUUUAUGGGACAAAACGAGACUGAACCUAUACCCUUUAACGUAGUGCGAGCUGAACGACCACAGGGCGAUCACGCCCUGGAAAUUGACCUAGCCACAGCGAAACGAUUGGGCGCCAGCUAUUGCAUCAUUCCGAAAACGCAAGAGGGACAAAAAUGUUCUGGAAGAACUCCACUUUGCAAGGAAGUGCUCAACGAUCAGUGGGUUUCGUUUCCAACCUGGUCUGAAGACAGUACCUUUGUUAGCUCUCGAAAAACACAGUACGAAGAGUAUAUGUAUCGAUGCGAAGACGAAAGGUUUGAAUUGGACGUCGUAAUUGAAACGAACGCUUCGACAAUCCGUGUAUUAGAAGGUGUUAACAAGAAACUUAGUAGAAUGGGACAGGAGGAAGCGGCCAAGUUUAAAUUAGACGAUUGUUUAGGUGGUCAGUCGCCCACCUUGCAUCAGCGAGCUUUAAAGCGAAUUUACGGCGACAAAGCUCCGGAAAUAAUAGAAGGAUUAAAGAAAAAUCCGGCCGUUGCAGUCGCGAUCGUUCUCAAACGCCUUAAAGCCAAGGAGGACGAGUGGCGAGAAGCCCAAAAAGGUUUUAACAAAAUAUGGAGGGAGCAAAACGAAAAGUAUUACUUGAAAAGUCUCGAUCAUCAGGGCAUUAAUUUUAAACAGACUGAUAUAAAAGCUAUAAGGACUAAAAGUUUAUUCAACGAGAUUGAAACGAUUUUUGAUGAAAGGCACGAGCAAAAUGAGGAGGGCUCAGAAUCAGUUGUAGGUCCUCACAUUGUCUUACCAUACAGAGACAAAGGUAUUUUAGAUGAUGCUGCGAAUUUGUUAAUUCAUCAUGUUAAACGUCAGACCGGCAUUCAAAAGGGCGAGAAACGGAAAAUCAAACAGCUUCUCCAGCAAUUUUUACCAGAUUUAUUCUUCCAUGCUAGGCAACCGGUUACUGAUGAUGAACGUGAAGAUGAAGAAGAGACCGCGGAUAAAGAUGGCGCAGAGGAAUCACUAAAAAGUGAUAAAGAAUCGAAAACAAAAUCAGAAAGUGGAUCGGCGAGUCCAGAUGGAGACAAUGGGGAAGUAAAAAGUGAAGCAGAUGUCAAGGAAGAGGAAAUAAAAGUGCCACUUCAUGCUCAAACGUCAAAUCCUGAUGAAGCUUAUACACUUUUUAUGGCAAACAACAAUUGGUACAUUUUCCUAAGGCUACACGCGAUCUUGUGUGAACGAUUACUAAGAAUUUAUGAACGAGCUGUUCGAAUAGCGAAGGAAGAGAAAACAAACGGUACUAAUAGAAAAGAGAGUACAGCAAUUGCUCUCAGACUGAAACCGAAACCUCAAAUAGAAUUAGAGGACUACUAUCCGGCUUUCCUGGAUAUGGUAAAGAAUCUCCUAGAUGGUAAUAUGGAGGCUAACACUUACGAGGAUACUCUAAGAGAAAUGUUUGGUAUCCAUGCUUAUAUUGCUUUUACGCUAGACAAAGUAGUUUCUUAUGCAGUGAGGCAAUUGCAACAUUGUGUAACCGAGAGAACCGCAUUGGGUUGUACGGAAUUGUACUUAAAAGAGUCAAAGAAAGGUGCUGCAGGUGGUCCCUGUUCCACUGCUCAUAAACGGGUCCAUACAGAAAUGUCUUAUCAAAGAACAGCAGAAAAGGUCGUACAAGAGGAAAACUGUUUUAAGAUAUAUAUUUACAAGUGCGACUGUAAAAUGAGUAUUGAGCUACUCGAUACAGAGCCUGAAGACUCCAAAAAAGUAGAAGAUGCAAAUAAAUGGAAUAGUUAUAAGGAAUGUUUUUCUGAUAUCACUCACUCAGAAGACACAAAACCAAGAUCGCCGAUUUACCUAAGUAGGAACUUGAGGGCGUACAAAAACCGAUUGGCUAAUAAGAAAACAAGAAACGCCUGUGCAUCGGUUGAAGAAAAUCAAAACAAGAAAAUGCAGGAUCAGAAUGACACUAGCCAAAGUAGCUCUUCGAGAUUGGAGAAUGAAAAUAGUCUGAAUAUCUUUGAAGAGCUGGAACGGAAGUUGAACGAAAGAACGCCUGAAAGAAAUCAAAGUGAUCACCCUGGCUACGAAGUGAACGAUGAUCAGCAAUGUAAAUUUAAUUUCCACGAUCCUAAAAUUACCUUUACCUUGGCGAAGGAUUGUUAUCUGUACAAAAAUAGUGCCUUUUUCAAAGCGAUACAGUCCCAUCCGAAAGUGACAAAAUAUAAAGCCACAAAGUUCCGCGGUUGGUUGAAGAAAUGGGCGAACAUCAACGUCAACGAGGCUCAGUCGAAACUGUGUACGGAUUGGUUGAUGGGCCGGUGCGAUGGUGUAGUUCCCAAUCGGACGCGAAUUGUAACAGACAACGAUCUCCAGAGGACUCCGUAUGUUCCGUACAAUAGGUAUCGCGUGGACAGACUAAAUGAUACUUCAACGUAGAGUAAAUGACAAGUGCGUCCGUCAAUUAGAGUAAUUCAACGCGGGACAGGCGAAGUUUUAAGCACAGAAUUACCUAACCGCUCAGAAGCGACACGUGCAAUUUUUUCGUGGACCAAAUUUUAAGUGAGUUAAUUUGUCACAUUUAUAGGCUAUAACUUUAAUCACGCCUGUUAUCAAAACUUGAUUAGUUGAUGGUUAACAUCAGGGAUGAACCUGUGAACAUCAUGUGUAGAAAAUGUUUUAUCAAAACCAAAAAAAUUACUUUUUUGAAUAAGUAUAGUUCCUUUAAGGAUGUUGUUUUCUGUUAAGGACUAUUGCAAAAAUUUAGUUUAUUUCCUUAUAUUUUACAUUUUUAUAUUGCCUAAACACAAAAUUUAUGUCUAUACAUAUAAUUGAAAAAUUUGAAAGUAUAGGUUUAGUAAUGGUAUGAAAUGCCAUUUCUUCCUCCUUUUAUUUUUUUACAUAUUUUAUCUGCACUUUCCAUCAAAACGUAAAAAAAACAUAUUUCCCCUUUUAUCCCUUGUAAUCACAGUUAUAAUUUUAUUUUAAAUGUUUUUUUUUAUUUGUAUUUACCAAAUUUAGUCAGAAAUAAAACGUCACAGUUUAAUAACAGCUGUAUAAACAAAUCUUUUUGCUCAGAGCAUUAAGAAUUUUCUGCUAAUAAAAUUCUAGACAUUCUUCCAGUAACAAAGUGUGUAUAAUAAUAAUUGCCAAAAUACAUGUGACUUGAAAGUCAAAAAAUUUGGGACGAUUGCUUCAAAGAAGACAAUGUAUACUGUCGUUUCUGUAUAGCUAAGGUAUUCUGUGGUGAAGUUUUAAGUGUUGUAAUAAAACAUCUAUUUGUUUAUUUGGAUUUUAAUUAAAUGUGAUUAUUUUUG